ACAUGCACAGCACCAUCACACGGGGAGCAGUGUGUGUGUGUGUAAGUGUGUGUAAGUGUGUGUGUGUGUGUAAGUGUGUGUAAGUGUAAAAGUGAGAGUGUGCGUGUAAGUGUGUGUGUGUGAGAGUGUGUGUAAGUGUGUGUGUGUGAGAGUGUGUGUGUGUGUAAGUGAGAGUGUGUGUUUCUCCCGGGACAGGUGCUGCUGCUGCUGCUGUGUGUGUGUGUUUUUGUGUUUUGACGUGUGUGUGUGUGUGUGUGUGUGUGUGUGUGUGUGUGUGUGUGUGCGCGCGCGCCAAGCAAGCGGACAAACGGGACAAGCGGCGCGCGUGACAGUUGUCUCCAGCCAGCAUGGCCCGGCGGCGGCGCGCGCUAUCCGACCCGCACUUGGACAGGUGCGCGAGACAACAGGAGCUUUGACUUUCCUUCCCUUCCACAUCUUCCUCCUCUCCCUCCUCUCCUCCCACACUCCUCCGCCACUCUGUGGAUUUAUUUGGCGUCCUCGUGCUGAGCUCGAGACUUGAGGAGCGCGCGUGCGGACGGAGAAACGCUGCUUCAGUCACCAAGGAAACCCGAUACAUCCAACAUCAACAGUCGCAAUGUUCUGAGACGAGGCUGAUCUCAGUCAUCUGCAGCCAUGAUGCCUCUCAUUGGACUCUUCUGGCUGGUCCAGUCAGCGGCUUGUGCGUUUCCGGAGGAACCCGGACCCCUGAACACCAUCCCUGCUGAAGUCGUCAGGAGGUAUCCCGUCUUCCUCGGCCGAGCUCAUAGCUCAUCUGUGACUCAGGAGCCGUUACACAUCCAGAGAGUCCUGCAGGUCAACCGCACGCUCUACAUCGGGGCCAGGGAUGACCUGUUUCGCGUGGAGUUGGACAACAUGGUUGGAAACGAGAUGUUUUACAGUAAGAAAAGGACGUGGGAGUCGAACAGGAACGACAUAAAAAUCUGCAGGAUGAAGGGCAAACAUGAGGAUGAAUGUCGUAACUACAUCAAAGUCCUGCUGAGUCGACGAGGCGGUCUGUUCAUCUGCGGCACCAACGCCUUCAACCCACUGUGCGCCAACUACACAGCAGACACUCUGGAGAUGGUGGGUGAGACAGUCAGUGGUAUGGCACGAUGUCCCUACGACCCCAAACAUGCCAACGUCGCUCUGUUCGCAGGUGAAAGCCUCUUCACUGCGACGGUGACUGAUUUCUUGGCGAUUGACGCCGUGAUCUACAGGAGUUUAGGCGACACGCCGACACUGCGCACCGUCAAACACGACUCCAAAUGGUUCAGAGAGCCAUAUUUUGUCAGUGCUGUGGAGUGGAGAGAACACAUCUACUUCUUUUUCCGCGAGAUGGCCAUGGAGUUCAACUACCUGGAGAAGGUGGUGGUAUCACGGGUAGCACGUGUGUGUAAGAGCGACAUGGGCGGGUCUCAGCGCGUGUUAGAGAAACAGUGGACGUCUUUCCUCAAGGCUCGACUCAACUGUUCCAUCCCCGGGGACUCGCACUUCUACUUCAACCUGCUGCACUCAACCAGCUCCGUCCUGCAGCUACAGGGGAGAGACGUCAUCCUCGCCGUGUUCUCCACACCCACCAACAGUAUCCCCGGCUCGGCGGUGUGUGUGUUCGAUAUGGAGCAGCUCUCAGUGGUGUUUGAUGGCAGGUUUAAGGAGCAGAAAUCUCCCGAGUCGAUCUGGACGCCAGUGGCAGAUGAUCUCAUCCCUAAACCCAGACCCGGCGGCUGUGCUGGUCAGGGCUCCAGGUUUAACUCGUCCACUUUAUUCCCUGAUGAGAUGCUGAACUUUGUGAAAACUCAUCCCCUGAUGGACGAGGCCGUGCCCUCUGUGGGGCGGAGACCCUGGAUCAUCAGGACCAUGGUCAGAUAUCAGCUCAAUAAGAUGGUGGUGGACACAAACGCAGGUCCCCACGGCAACCACACCAUCGUCUUCCUCGGAUCCAACCGCGGCACCAUCCUCAAAUUCCUCGUCAUCCAUGACAGAGACAACAUGGUGUCCAAUGGCAACGUCUUCCUGGAGGAGUUGGAGGGCUUUAACCCAGAGAAGUGUGCUACAAACUCUCCUCAGGCUCGUCAGCUCCUGUCUCUCUCUCUGGACUCUGCCAGUCACACACUGCUCUUGGCGUUCCCAUCCUGCGUGAUCCGAGUGCCAGUAGCUCGCUGCCAUCUCUAUUCCCGCUGCAUGAAGAACUGCAUCGCCACGAGGGAUCCGUACUGCGGCUGGACUAAAGGCAGCACCUGCUCCUUCCUCCGAGCCGGCACCAGGCUUCCCUUCGAGCAGGACGUGGAUCAUGGAAACACUUCACAUCUGGGCGACUGUGACGGCUUACUCCAGGAGAGUUAUGUGGAGGAACCAGAUGGCCUGGUGUCCAUCAACCUUCUCAUCAUGUGUGCCGUUUCUGCAUUCACCACUGGGGCGGCGCUCUCUGCCCUGAUGAUCUGCUGGCUCAUGACGUUCAAGCACCGACGCCACUCCAGGGGUGGGGCUUCGAGCCAGGCUGGGCGUCGCCAUGCCGACAGGGAGCAGUGCAUGCUAGGACACGGGCGUAGCAGCUCAGCGAUUAGCGUGACAAGGAUCAGUGGUGUUGAUGCGCAGGUAGAGGACCUGUUCACUAAUGGCUGGCCAAAAUCUGGAGAAAUCCAGGAUCCGGGAUUGCCGACUCCAGAACAAACGCCACUGCAGCAAAAACGGCCUGCUCCGGAUGUCCAUGACCACACCCAUCUCCACCUUCCAGACUCGGAUUGGGAGCAGAGCCAAACGUUUAUCACCCAAACAGGUCCAAAUGCCUCCAUCAUGUACCUGAGCUCUGAUUACUUACAAGGCGGUGACGGAGACCAGCAGGAUGAUCCGGGUAUCCCAAAUGUUGAAAGGCAACACUAUCUCAUCCUUCCUCAUCCCGCUAUUCAGAAAGAGCAAAUCCGGCAUUAUUCAGCUCCUAAGACACGCAAUUCCGCCAGCGAGUACCGACCGGCAACGCCACAAGACUCGCCCGAGCGCAGGAAGGUAGUCUCGGCUCCAAAUCCGCAUUCGGAUUAUGGAAAUCCGCCACACUGGAGCCAAAACGGCAUCAGCAACAAUGGCAAACCCAGCAGACACCACCAUAACUAUCCAAUACAGCCACGUACGAACGCGGCGUUGGUGCGACCCGGAGUCCUCCACGCCACCAGGGGGCUCGGUGAGCUGCAGGACUUCAGCCAUGUUCUGGGAAGGAGGAUGGACAGUGAGAGGAGAGAAAAAGACAGAGAGUGUACAGCCAGCGGACAGUAAAGAGACAGAGAAGCUCCCUCUUUUCCAGAGAGCCGUGACUCCCAAAAACCUGCCCGAAAAACUGUCUCACUGCCAUCGAUAAAACCCCACAGUGUUGCUCGAAAGAAUAAGUGAGACAGAAUCCGAACCAAGCGUCAAGCUGAGCACUUGCCAGUUCGCCUCGUUCCCCUCCAGACCUUUAGCGCUUAGCAUGUUAGCAAAGUUCUCCAUCGCCCUUCUGCCCCCGAUGACACGGAGCCAUUUUUCAGGAAACCGGAUAUCAGUAUACUGUGAAGUGUUCACGUGACUCCACAGCCAACGGUAGCAAGUCUGUCUAACAGGAAACAGUUCAGUGGACAUUUUUGUUCUUUAUUUCUCCAGUAUAUGUGUGUGUGUGUGUGUGUGUGUGUGUGUGUGUGUGUGUGUGUGUGUGUGUAAGAUAUACAGUGCGUCUUGAUACCAGAGGCAAGUCUAGACCUCAGCUAAACAUCAAGACAACAGAGCCGAGGACAUCUAGCAGUCGAGCCACGCUGGAGCUUCUCGCUUACACAGAGCCGAGAUCAAACAGACUCCUUACGUUUGCUUUCGAAGCAUUCAAAGGACAAAAAGUGACUUAAAGCAACAUCUGAUUGCGAUUUUUUUUAAUCAGCCGUGUGUGUGUGUGUGUGUGUAUAUGAAAGACGAACGUCCUGAUUUUGAUGACUGACAGCGACAACAAGCCAAGACCUCAAAGACAACCUGAAAUCUUGUUAUUUCGUGUUUCUGGCUUUACUGUACACGGUUCAUUAGUAUCAAUCAGUUAAUAAACAAACGUGUUCUUUUAUUGUAUCAAUCAAAACAUUUUCUGAUUUUUCGACGUGUCAUGACGCACAGGUGGGCGGGGAAAAUAUUAAUCGAUAAUAUCUUUACAUGUUUCUCCUCCCCUCCCCCCACAUAUGUAAUACAUAUGUUACGAAUAAACUAACCCAUAUCACAAUCAUAA